AUGUCUACAACAUCUUCACCCGCAACAACAAAUGCAACACCACAACAAAUUGGUAAAGCAUUUGUUGUUCAAUAUUAUCGUCUUCUUCAUGAACAUCCCGAAUCUUUACAUCGAUUUUAUUCAUCAUCAUCAACAUUUAUGCAUGAUGAUCCAUUAAAAACUGUAACUGGUACAGAAGCAAUUGCUAAACGUAUUGAAGAAUUAUCAUUAAAAUCACGUCAUGUUAAAAUUCGUCAAGUUGAUUGUCAUUCAACUGUUGGCUCAUCAGUUGUUGUACAAGUUUGUGGAGAAAUAUCAUCAUCAUCAGUCAAUGAUUCUCAAACACAACCAAUUAUGAAACGUUUUGUUCAAACAUUUGUUUUAACACCAGCAGAUAAUUCAAAACAAAAAUAUUAUGUUCAUAAUGAUAUAUUUCGUUAUCAAGAUAGUCCAACAUCAAUAUUAAUAAAUGAUAAUACAAAAACAUCAAUGACAACAAUAAAUAAUAAUGAAGUAACAUCAUUUGAAAGUCCAGCGGAUACUGCGAAUUCAUCAACAAUAAUUGAAACACCUAUAACACCAUCAGCGGCAAAUAAUAUUGAAUUUUUUGAUAAUACAAUUGUUGAUAAAAAAGAAGGUAAACCUGAAAAGAAUGUUUCUUCAACUCUUAAUAUAACUCCACCAAUAACACCAGUUGUUGAACAAGCAAAAGAGCAAACAUCAAAACCUAAAUCAUAUCGAGAUGCUAUUGGUAAAAAAGAGAAACCUGUAACAACUACUACAUCGACUGAAAUUCAGCCAACAUCACCACCAUCAACAUCAACAACAACACCAGCAACACCAGCAGUAACAGCAACAACUCCAACAACAGCAAAAUCAAAUAAAUCAAAUAAACAACAGAAAAAAACAGCAGCAAAAUCUAGUGGUACUAAUAAUACUAAUAAUCGAGCACCACGUGGUCAUCCACAAGAUGCGAAUGAUUAUUAUGAUGAUUCAUGGUAUUAUGGAAAUGUUGAAGAAGGUUAUCUCUCAACUGGUUAUACAGAUGAUCAAGAAAUAUUUGUUGGAAAUCUUUCAGCUCAAGUAACAGAAAAUGAAAUUCAUGAAUUAUUUCGACCAUAUGGUAGUCUUCUUCUUGUUCGUAUUGGUAAUACAGGAUCUCAAGUUGGCGCAGCAAAUUUUGCAUUUGUUGUUUGUCAAUCAAUUGAAAUGGCAAAAGCUAUUGUUACUGAUCAUGAAAAUCUUUUGAAAACACAAAAGAUAAAUGUUGAAGCUAAAAAACGUCGCCCAUUUCCACAUACAUUUCGUCCAACAUAUCCAACUGCUGCUUCACCAACAAGUUAUCAAUCAACUGGUUAUCCAGCAGCAUCAUUCUAUAAUCAAUCGUAUUAUGAAGGUGUUCCUCCUACUCGUGGAGCUCGUCGCGGUGCAAAGGGAGGAACGAAAUGA